AUGAAUUUCCAUGAGAAGAAGGAGAAUCAGGACACUGAUUUUAAAAUGAGUUCUCCAUCUGCUGGAUCAAGCUGUGAUCAACCCAUAAAGAAUCUGAGCUCUGCCUUUAGUGAUGCAUCAGUGACCUCUGACCCCAGGUGGAAGAGGCUGAGAUCAGAGUCUCCAGAACCCAGUGGUGUGUCUGUGAAGAGUAAUGCAUCUAUGAUGUAUCCCCCUGCACUGAGUGAAGCAACAGUGACCUCUGACCUCAGGAGGGAGAUAUGUGAUCUGAUCAGAUCUGUGCCGUCCUCUACAUCCCACUAUCAGACCCACAUCAGGCAAGAAAGAACUGAAGCAGUCCUGCAGACACACACACUGAAGACUGCAGACCUGCAGAGAGUCAAAGACCAACACAAAACCAGCAUAAAGAUCAAAUAUGAGAGAUUAUUUGAGGGAAACAAACUCCAAGAGAAUGAAACCCUCCUGAACAGGAUCUACACACAGCUCUACAUCAUAGAGGGAGAGAGUGAAGGAGAAUCUGUGAUUCAUCAGAGGAAAGUCUACAGCUUCAUCCAUCUGAGCAUUCAGGAGUUUCUUGCUGCUUUCUAUGUGUUUUACUACCACGUAUACAGCACUACAGAAGCAUGUUUUGAUUCACUGGAAAAUCUCCAUAAAAGAGUGGCUGAUAAGGCUGUAAUGAACAAAAAUGGACAGCUGGAUCUGUUCUUGCGGUUCCUGCUGGGCAUCUCACUGGAGUCCAAUCAGAGACUCUUACAGGAUCUACUCACACCUAGUGAGAACAGCUCAGAGAGCAUCAGGAAAACCACACAGUUCAUUAAAGAGAAGAUCAAAAAUGGACAUGGACUCUCCACCGAAAGAUCCAUCAAUCUGUUCCUCUGCCUGCUGGAAGUGAAGGAUCAGACUCUGUCCAGAGAGAUUCAGGAGUUUGUGAAAUCAGACAAACUCUCAGAGAAGAAACUCUCUGCUGCUCACUGCUCAACAAUCGCCUACAUUCUUCAGAUGUCAGAGGAGCCGCUGGAUGAGCUGGACCUCAAGAAAUACAACACAUCAGAUGAGGGGAGAAGAAGACUGGUAGCAGCUGUGAUCAACUGCACAAAAGCUCUACUUGCUGGCUGUAAUUUUACUGGUCAGUCUUGUGAGAGUGUGUCUUCAGCUCUACAAUCCUCAAACUCUGUUCUGAGAGAGCUGGACCUGAGUAACAAUGACCUGCAGGAUUCAGGAGAGAAGUUGCUCUCUGAUGGACUGAAGAGUCCAAACUGUCAGCUGCAGAUACUGAGGUUGUCUGGCUGUAUGUUGACAGAAGAAGGCUGUGGUUAUUUGUCUUCAGCUCUGAGUUCGAACCCCUCACACCUGAGAGAGCUGGAUCUGAGCUACAAUCACCCAGGACAAUCAGGAGGCCAGCUGCUCAACCACAAACUGCAGGAUCCAACCUAUAAACUGCAAAAAAAAAAUGUAUAUUUGGACCAUGGAGGACAUUUUAGGAUCACACCAGGUCUGCGAAAAUAUGCCUGUGAUAUCACACUGGAUCCAAACACAGUGCACACUCAACUCAUCCUUUCUGAAGGGAACAAAAAAAUAACAUGCGUGAAAGAGCAUCAGCCGUAUCCUGAUCAUUCAGAGAGAUUUGAGCGCUUUGAGCAGAUUCUGUGUAGAGAGAGUCUGACUGGACGCUGUUACUGGGAGGCUGAAUGGAGCGGCUCAGGUCAUGUAGCAGUGGCAUAUAAAGGAAUCAACAGGAAGGGAGGAAUUGAUUGUUGGUUUGGACUCAAUGAAAAGUCCUGGAAUAUUUACUGUUGUGAUACGAUUUACACUGUCUGGCACAAUAAUAAGAGCAGUGAUAUUCCUCGCUCUUCAUCCUCUCAUAGAGUAGGAGUGUAUCUGGACUGGUCGGCCGGCACGCUGUCCUUCUACAGCAUCUCUGACACACACACACUCACACACUUACACACAUUCAACACCACAUUCACUGAACCCCUCUAUGCUGGGUUUAAGGUUUAUCCUGAUUCUUCAGUGUUUCUAUGUCAGAUUUAACAACAUUCCUGUGAGGAACUGCAGAGACACAAGUGGAAGCCUAACUUAGAGCAAAUAAAGAAAGUUCAAAUUUCUUAUUUAUUUGGCUCUUGGCAUCCAUAUACAUAAUAUUUUCUAAAAAAAAACAAACACGCACACAAAAAAACAACCGCAUCAAAUAAUUUCUACAUAUAGUGCGCAAGUAACGGGAUAUUAAUAGUGGCCAAGUAAAAAUAGAACACUAGGCUUUGAAUUUAAAGAUGAAUUUGAAUUCAAAACUUUCUGAGCAGUUUCACUCCAAUGAAAACAGUGGCAUUCAGUGCAUCAA